AUGGCCGCCAAGUCAAAGAAGCGGUUGUCUAGAAAUGAAAAUAAACUAAACAAUUUAGAGAAAUUGGAAAUUAAGGAUGUGAUUUGUUCGAUUUGCCAAUCAAUUUUAAUAGAACCAGUAACAUUACCGUGUUAUCAUGACUUUUGUGAAAAUUGUUUUAACGGUAGUAUAGAAAAUAAUGCUUUGUGUUGUCCGUUGUGUCGACUACGAAUUGGUUCCUGGGUUAGAAAAGCUACAAAACAAAAAAGCUUGGUGAACAUUCAAUUGUGGAAUUUUAUACAAAACAAAUUCUCUCAAGAAGUCCACAAGAAAUUGAACGGAGAAGACAUACCACUGUCACCAGAACAAAUAUUGCCUCGAUUAAGCAAACCAGGUGAAAUUAGAUCGGAAUAUGAAGCAGAACUAGAAAGAUUAAGAGCUGAGAGGUUGAAACUUGAGCAGGACCAUUUUCAAGAGACUGUGGUUCUAAUAAAGAAAUUAAAAGAAGAAGAGGAACAAACACAUAAAAAAUAUAUUGAAAGCUUAAAAACGGAUGAAAUGUUGGCCAAAAAAUUACAACAGGACCAUACUGAACAUAAUAAUAUGAAAAAUGUUCAACCAAGUAAAAUUACUAAGAAGGAGAAAGGUUCAAAGAAAGCUAGACUCAAAGCCGCAACUAUUGACUGUUAUUUAUCUAAGCUUAAACCUCAUGAAAACUCCUCAACAUUGGAUGAUACAAGCGCUGAUAAUACUAUUUCUAAAAGAGCAUCAAUAAAGUCAACUAAUAAGGGACAAUGUAAGGAAGCAAAUAAAACAUGUGAAAAUUUAAAUAUUGGUCUAGAAAAUCAAACCAAACAGGAAUCAAUUAAAGAAAACGGAAAAGAAGUUAAGGUAGCUAAGAAUCCUACCAUUGCUGACAUUGAAACAAACAACAAAAUUAUUACUAAGCCAAGAAAUAACAUGCAGUCAUUGUUGGUCUCCUUACCGUUGCCAUCAGCAGGAAUACUUCAGCACAAAAAUAAUACUAUAGAUAAUAGAAACAUUGAAACAGGCAGUGUCGACUCAAUGCAACAAGAAUUAUGUUAUUUUAAACCCAUUGAAGCAACAAGUUCAACCAGUGUCAAGUCUAAUCGAGGUCUACCCUUACGCGUACCUGGAGUACGUGUGAACAAGGACUCGAAUGUAACAUUAAAUGGUCCACCAUCUCGAGCGGAAUAUAUUGAAAGACUUUGCCAGCUCCGACAAACAUCAUUGGCUAAGAAGUUGCCAUCUGCUUUUGUAAUAGCACUGAGCUUACUAAAAAUGAAAAAGGAUUCACCAGAAAAGAAUUCAACCAGUUUAAGAUCAAAAAGAAAAAAUGUACCUACAAGUCCCGUACCAAUGAAAAAGGACAAAAACGUUACCAGAAACAAACAACCGAAUGACGCAGACAUAAAAUUACCAGAAGACUCUGAAACAUUCCUUCGACGCACCAGGUCUAUGGGCAGCAUUUCCAAAGACAAUGAAACGACACCGAAGAAAAGAGUGACCGAACGGAAAUCAGAGUCUGAAAAGAAACCACGUCUCAGGAGCGACACCAAAAAGUAUUCCAAAAAAGAUACUUGUUUAACAACUGAAACUAAGGUCAGUGCUGUAAAGAAUUUAUCCAAUCCUCUAGAAGAUUGUGGGGUUAAGCAUAUAUUACAAGAGCAGCUCCGUAUUGAGAAACUCAUCCAGCAAGAGAAAUGUGACUAUGAGUUGGCGUGCAAGAUGGACGCCGAGUGGAAUGGGAGGAGACAGCCGCGACGUGCAGCCACUAAACGACAAGUAUCUUUAAAUUACGCCCUACGCCCUGCCAAAAAGCUUAAAGUGUAA